AUGGCUGAAAGCAACCCAGCGACAACAACUGGCCCCGACCUCAUCAGCGUCACUGGCAACCUCACAGGCAACGCCACCGCCACACCUGCCGCCGUCCAGGUGGCCAACGUGAUCAGCUGGCUGACCGUCGGCAUCGGGCUGCCCGCCAUCGGACUGGCUAUUUACACCCUCAAGAAUCUGUCCAAAGGUGACGGUAAACUUCCGAUGCACGUCAUGUUCCUCCUGGUGUCUGACAUCAUCAGCUUCUUUGGCCGCCCCCGUGUGAAUCAGGAAAUGGAGAAUGGCUCCAUGUUCUCCUCCAGCCCCACUGACUUCAUCUUCUAUUUCGGGGUCGUCACCAACAUCACCCUCAUGCUGUUCAUAGCUCAGGAGCGCCAUCUCCUGGUGGCCUACCCGCAGUGGCUCGGCUGCUGCAGCAGCCUCAGGAGGUCCCCGGUGGUGGCCCUGGUGGCGUGGGCCGCCCCCUUCGGCAUCCUGGCCCUCGCCGUGCUGCGGUACAACCUCUGGUUCGCCGUGUCCCUGCUCGCCCCUUUCCCCUUCCUCCUCUUCUUCGCCGUGGACGCCUGGAGGGCUCUGAUCUGCUCCCGGUCCAACCCCCCGACCCCUGAGAGGAGGAGGACGGUGUGGGGCAUCGGCGCCAUCUGGGCCAACUACACGGUCCUCUACUCGCCCUUCGUCCUCAGCGUCCUCCUGGAGGCUCUGGACUUCAGGGAGACGGUGCUCUACCUGGGCCUGGUGUCCCACCUGCUGCUCUACCUCAGCCCUCUGGUGGACCCCUUCCUCUACAUAUUCAUGACCAAAGGGCUGAAGGAGGUGCUGCAGGCGCUGCCCUGCUGCCAGAAGCCGGGCCAGAAGGAGAGCAGGAGGCCCACUGUGGACACGGUGGCUGAAACCGUGGAGACGAGACUUUAG